AUGUUCAGUGCAGGUAGAAGUCUGACGAUGUUGUCACCCACAACUGUGGUAACGAGUCCAAAUUCCCUAGCUUUUGCAACCACUGGUUUUGCUUCGACAGUGAGCUCCAUCCCCAUCAUCAAGCCAGAACCUCUGACAUCCUCGACUAUACCUGGAUACUUGGUCUGCAAUUCAAUGUCUCCAACUUGUGCUUGCUUGACUCCAGGGACUAGAGGCGUAAAUGGUUCCUGGUACUUCAGCUUGGAGGUGACACUCAAGGCACCAAAGGUCCGUCCAUGGAAAGAUGUACUGAAACAGAUGAUUUCGUGCUUAUCUUCUGCAAUUGAUUUUCCCCAUCUUCGAGCAAAUUUCAAAGCUGCUUCAUUAGCUUCCGCACCAGAAUUGCUAAAGAAAACGCUAGAUGCGUUAUACAUUCCUCCAGACUCUUUAGUUUUUUCGACCAAUUUGGCAGCAAGAGCAUAUGGCCAUUCCGUUGGACAGGCAAAAGAAGAAUGUAGAAGAAGACUGGAUUGCUCAUGGAUAAUCUGUGUCACUUCUGGAUCACAAUGUCCAAGAGAAUUCACAGCAAUUCCCGCAAAAAAAUCAAUAUAUUUCUGA